CCCCAGACCCACGGACAUCCGCCGGCCCGCGGCCGCUCGGGCUACUGGCUCCGCGUCCCCGCCCCUCCCCUUCCUCCUGCGACCCGGCAGACUGUCCUCUGCUUGACCGCAGCCCUGCCCCAGGGAAGCCAAGUUGAUGUUUGUCGAUGCAGCAGUGCCACCCCGCGUGCUGAUGACCUUCCAGCGCCUGGUGUGUGCACUGGCCUCCCGCCAGCUGGCUCCCAUAAGACAUGGAGGAAGCCGCCCUCUGCACGUAGCCCUUGCAGCUCGCUCUGACAAGAGCGCCCCAGUGUUCACCCGCGCCCUGGCCUUUGGAGACAGAGUUGCCCUCGUUGACCAGCAUGGCGUCCACACGUACAAGGACCUUUACUGCCGCAGCCUCCGCCUGUCCCAGGAGAUCUGCCGGCUCCUUGAGUGUGCCGGCCAGGACCUGCAGGAGGAGAGGAUCUCUUUUAUGUGCUCCAAUGAUGUCUCCUACGUGGUUGCACAGUGGGCCUCAUGGAUGAGCGGCGGCAUUGCCGUCCCUCUCUUCAGGAAGCACCCUCAGGCCGACCUGGAGUACUUCAUCCAAGACUCCCAGAGCUCUGUAGUCCUUGCUGGCCAGGAGUACGUGGAUCUCCUGAGUCCAGUGGUCAAGAAGCUAGGGGUCCCACUCCUGCCUCUCCCGCCUGCAGUCUACAAUGGGGCAGCUGAGGAGCACGGGGUGGGGGAGUUGCCGGAACGAGACUGGAGAGACCGGGGUGCCAUGAUCAUCUAUACCAGCGGAACCACGGGGAGGCCCAAGGGUGUCCUGAGCACCCAUCACAACAUCAGGGCUGUGGUGACAGGGCUGGUCCACAAGUGGGCGUGGACUAAAGACGAUGUGAUCCUUCAUGUCCUCCCCCUGCAUCAUGUCCAUGGCGUGGUCAACAAGCUGCUCUGUCCACUCUGGGUGGGAGCCACCUGUGUGAUGCUCCCGGAGUUCAAUGCCCAGCUGGUUUGGGAAAAGUUCUUAAGUUCUGAAACUCCACGGAUUAAUGUGUUUAUGGCAGUGCCUACAAUAUACACCAAAUUGAUGGAUUAUUAUGACAAGCAUUUUACCCAACCGCAUGUCCAGGAUUUCGUGCGUGCCGUUUGUGAAGAAAAGAUCAGGUUGAUGGUUUCGGGAUCAGCUGCUCUGCCCCUGCCUGUACUAGAGAAGUGGAAGAACAUCACAGGCCACACUCUGCUGGAGAGGUAUGGGAUGACGGAGAUCGGCAUGGCCCUGUCCAACCCCCUGACUGUAGCAGCUCGCUUGCCAGGUUCUGUGGGGACCCCGCUGCCAGGCGUUGAGGUACGAAUUGUCUCAGAAAACCCACAGAAGGAGAGCUGCCCCUACAUCCUCCACGCGGAAGGAAACGAGAAGGACACCAGGGUGACCCCAGGAUUCAAGGAGAAGGAAGGGGAGCUCUUGGUCAGGGGACCCACUGUGUUCCGUGAAUACUGGGGCAAACCAGAAGAAACGAAGAAAGCGUUCACCUCAGAUGGCUGGUUUAAAACAGCACGCCUCCUGGUGACCAGAACCCCUUUCCUCAGGCGACACAGCCAUGUUCAAGGACGGCAGCUACUGGAUCCGGGGGCGCACAUCAGUGGACAUCAUCAAGACGGGUGGCUACAAGGUCAGCGCCCUGGAGGUGGAGCGGCUGCUGCUGGCGCACCCCAGCAUCAAGGAUGUGGCUGUGAUCGGUGUUCCGGACAUGACGUGGGGCCAGCGGGUUACUGCAGUGGUGACACUGGAAGAGGGACACUCACUGUCCCACCGGGAGCUCAAAGAGUGGGCCAGAGGCGUCCUGGCCCCGUAUGCUGUGCCCUCAGAGCUGCUGCUGGUGGAGGAGAUCCCAAGGAACCAGAUGGGGAAGAUCAACAAGAGGGACCUGGUCAGGCAGUUCUACCCGCACAGCCAGGGAGCACCGGAGGCCAGGCACCCGUGAGCCAGCAGCUGCUCUACACCCAAACCCCCAGUUGGGUGGAACAGAGUCCGGCCUGAUGGAGUAAGAUCACAGCCAGAGGCCUCCUCUGUCCGUCCGUGUGGCCACAUCCACACCUUUGCCUGGUCAGGCCCCAGGAGGGUCCAGGUGUCACUCAGGGAUGCAGGUCUCCACAGGAAAUUCAGUAAAGCUUCUCAGAGAAAAACGCCUGUGCUGUGCUGUCUACCCGGGGCUGCGUGGGGGCUGUGCGGCAGGGACAGAGAAUGCACUUGUCUGCACACACGUGCACGCCACGCGGCCCGGUGUCCCCCCUUUGUCCAGGAUGCCCAGGCCGCCGCCUCAGGUGGCCUGGACCCCUGCAGAACCUCCUGAUUGAACCCCGACUGCUCUGAGGAGCCCACCUGGAGGACAGGCCCAGGCAUCCAGGUGAGGGGGUUUGGGCGUGCCAUCAUCCCUUCUGCCCUCCCUGGGGUUUCUCAGUGUGUCUCUAGAACAGUCCACGUCACAAGGGUGGCUUCACUGAGCCCCAGGGAGUGGCAGAGGCUCAUGUAGGCCUUCAGGCCAAGCCGACCGCCAUAGGGACAAAGCUCAGGCAACCAGAGGGCCAGGGAAGCUGAGUGUGUGGACCCCCUGCUGAGCAGCUGGGUGCAAUCCCUCAGCCCCCACAAAGGGCCCACAAACUUCUGGGCUGGGCCAGGUGGCCUUAUUUCAGUCUCUGUGGCUACAUGGUCCCUGUGGAGCCGCUCACCUCCAUGGUUGUGGUGUAGAUCCCGCUGUUCUGUGGAGUCCAAAUCCUCUCAGUAGCCAGAGGCUGACCACCAGUGGCCCUGCAGCUGCUCCACCUUGACCCUUAACCCCCACCCGCUCCAUGCUGUCCCCACCACAUACCCCUGUACUCCCACAACCCC